CCUCUCCGGGUCUCUUACAAUCGACGAAUCUAGGUAACGAAAAAAGCUCUCUGGCUAGGGUUUGUUGUUCUCUGCAACAUCUGCGUGUGAAUGGCGAGCAUCACCGAAGCAGGAUGGGAGUCCAGAUUGGAGGAUGGCGCGCCUCCUGACAAAAGGCCUAGAAUCGAAUCCGGUUACGGUGGCGACAAAUCUGUUCAUGAAGGUGGAGACGAUGGAGGCAUACCUGAUUACGAUGACGACUCUGAUGACGACUUUGAUGACGACUCUGAUGACGACUCCGAUGACGAGGCUAAUGUGCCCAAAGAAUUAUAUGAGAUGUAUUGUAAACAGCUCAAGGAGAGCGAGUGUUUUGAUGUCAUAGACAUGGGCGAGCACUUAUGGAUUGGUAUGGUUAAACGUCAGAAUGUUGAUCAUGACCCGACUCGCAAGUUUGCCACUCCUUUCGCUGAGAUGGCAAUAAAGCAGUUCAAUGAGAAAGAGAAUGCGAAUUUUGAAUUUGUGAGGCUUGUGGCUCUAACCUCAAGGGUUGUCGUGGGUGCCCUCUUAUACAUUACCUUUGAGGCAAAGGAUGCUUGCGCUCAAAUUAAAACCUUCCAGGCUCAGGUGCACCGCGGAAUAGAGAGAGAUGAGGUGAAAUUUUGCAGGCUGAAACCCCCACCCACCAAAGAGCAAGGUACUGAGCAUGAGCAGGUUGGGCAAGCCCCUACUUGUUGCUGAUCUGUCCUCUGAGGUGACUGAGGAGUUUGACAACUAUGGGUACCAUGCUAAUGGGACUGUAAAGAAGGUGGUUUUAUUUAAAUGGAAGAGAACUAAAAAAAAGGUGUUGGAACCACCAAAUAUAUGUUGGAAUAUUGAGUUAGAACUCUCUUCUAGUAGAUAUGUUGUCAAAAGUUUUAUUUCUGGAGUGGAACUAUGUUAUAUCAGACAACUAUGUUUUUUCCUUUUAUUUUUUUAGAAAAUGUUUGUUUCCUUAAA